AAGUGAGUGUGAAAAAAACAAAAACUGACAGAAACUUCAUGCAGGAGCAAACUCAACUCGUAACAAAUCAAAAACCUCCAACUGUUAAAAACUAGUAGAGAGAGAGAGAGAGAGGUGAAGUGUCAUUUCAAGCAUAGAGGAUCUUGAAGUGGGACAUGAUAGUCGGCUUCAAUUUCUAAAUUGUUUUAUUUAUUCUUUAUUUUUCUGUGGGGACAUAGUUGGGCUUGAAACUUUUUUUUUUUUUUUAUACAUAAUAAUAAUACAAUGAUUUAGUGGCUGUUUAGUCUGAUUCAUUAUCUUUAAGUGGGUUCUUUUCAUCUUAUUAGCUUCAAGAUUAGAGCUGGCCUUUUUCUCUUCUCUUUUGAGCUUUAGCUCGGGAAUUGGGAUUGAAUAAUAUUCUUAUCUUCCUCAGAAUCUUGUUUGUUCAGCGUCCCCAACUGGGUGUGGUGAAGGUGAAAGAAGAAUUUUCUAAUCACUGUGCUCAAAUGACUUGUUUAGAGUUGAGAAAGUUAUCUAAGAUGAGACUUGUGAAAGCCAUCCAGAUCAGCUAGAUCAAAUACCUUUCACUGUUCAUGGAUGACAUUGAAAGAUUGAGUGAAAAGGCCUUUCCAAAUGGAGACAUCUAUAGUGGUGAUUUUAAGGCAUUACUCCCUAAUGGCAAAGGUAAAUAUACAUGGUCAGAUGGGACAAUUUAUGAAGGUGAUUGGAAAGAAGGAAAAAUGACAGGGAAAGGACAGAUCAUUUGGUCAAAAGGGGCAAAAUAUGAAGGUGAUUUCUCUGGGGGUUAUCUACAUGGUUUUGGCACCUUUACUAUUCCUGAAGGAUCUUUUUACAGUGGGGACUGGAGGAUGAACGUUCAGCAUGGGUUCGGAAGAAAGCAGUAUUCUAAUUUUGAUACAUAUGAAGGUUCAUGGAAUGAAGGAGUACAUGAAGGUUCUGGGAGAUAUCGUUGGUGUGAUGGAAAUACAUAUAGAGGACAUUGGAAAGCUGGGAUAAUGAGUGGUAGAGGGGUUAUGAAAUGGGUCAAUGGUGAUCUUUUUGACGGCCUUUGGUUAAAUGGGUUUAGACAUGGGUCUGGAACUUAUAGGUUUGCUGAUGGGGGAUAUUACAUUGGAACUUGGAGCAGGGACCUAAAAGAUGGAAAAGGAACGUUCUAUCCCGCUGGAAGUAAACAUCCAACCUUAAAUACGUGGUCUAGGUCUCUCGGAUAUGAUGAUGGAAAAAACUUUUUGUCUCAUAAUUUCUCAUUGAACUCGGAGGAAGGCAGGGCUCCAACACAAAGUGUUAAGUGCAGUCUUUCUGAGAAGAUUUCUAUUGGUGGAAUUUUAAAAAAUACAGGUCGAAAAUCACAUAACUCUUCAUUGUUAGAUAAAAACCAGAAUCUUUGUGAUCCUGCCAGGGACUUUACAUGUCAUGAAUCUUCAGGCAUGUCAUCCCAUACCUCUGAUGAAGGUCAACAUGAGGUGCACGAUAAUAAUACUUUAGUUUAUGAAAGGGAAUACUUGCAAGGAAUCUUAAUCAAAGAGAGAGUUAGGAAAUAUGCGGAGUUAACAUGCAAAACUAAGCAGCGUAAAACAUUUAAUGUGAAAAAGGCAAUAAGGAGCUCAUGUCUGGAUAUUUUCAAAGGCAAUCAGAGCUAUUAUUUAAUGCUUAACUUGCAACUUGGCAUAAGGUACACUGUUGGCAAGAUUACACCAGUGCCUAUGCGUGAAGUGCGAUAUUCUGAUUUUGGUGAUCGAGCUAGAAUAAGGAUGUAUUUCCCCAGAAAGGGUUCCCAGUUUACACCUCCUCACUAUUCUAUUGAUUUCCAUUGGAAAGACUAUUGCCCUAUGGUCUUCAGGAAUUUGAGGGAGAUGUUCAAGUUAGAUGCAGCUGAAUACAUGAUGUCCAUGUGUGGUGAUGAUGGUCUAAGGGAGCUUGCUUCUCCUGGGAAAAGUGGCAGUAUCUUCUAUCUUUCUCAUGAUGACAGAUUUGUGAUUAAGACAUUAAAAAGAUCAGAACUGAAGGUUCUGCUCAAGAUGCUGCCUAAAUAUUAUGAACAUGUAAAAAAACAUGAGAACACUCUCAUAACAAAAUUUUUUGGGCUCCACCGGAUAACAUUAAGAGGGGGAAGAAAGGUACGCUUUGUGGUUAUGGGUAAUAUGUUUUGCACAGAACUAAGAGUUCACCGUCGUUAUGAUCUGAAAGGAUCAUCUAUAGGAAGAGUUACAAAUGAAGACAAAAUUGACCAGACUACCACCUUGAAAGACCUGGAUCUAUUGUAUGAAUUUCAUAUGGACAAAUUAUUGCGAGAAUACCUUCUGAGACAAAUUCAUCUGGACUGCGAGUUCUUAGAAUCUCAACAGAUAAUUGAUUAUAGCCUUCUGUUGGGGGUACACCUUAGAGCUCCUGAGCAGAAGACUCUCUUAGAAACUGGUGACGAUGCAAUUUCACAAGGAGAACUCAUGAUUCCUCCCACACGCCUGGUACUAGUAAACCAUGAACCCAACAUUCUCAGCAAAACACCAGGUCCGCACAGCAGAGGAAAUGUGUUGAGAGCAUACUCUUUAGGUGACAAGGAAGUUGAUCUUUUACUGCCUGGUACUGGAAGGUUUCGCGUGCAGUUAGGAGUUAACAUGCCAGCUCAGGCCCACCCCAAGCCCGAUUCCAAAGUUGAACCUUUUGAGGUUUAUGAUGUUGUCCUGUUCAUGGGCAUAAUUGAUAUAUUGCAGGAAUACAACGUGAAAAAGAAACUUGAGCAUGCAUGCAAAUCAUUGCGAUAUGACCCCCUUAAAAUAUCAGUUGUUGAACCCAAGCUGUAUGCUAAACGUUUUAACGAUUUCUUGAAGACAGUUUUCCCAGACUUGCCAUGAAGGAGACCUUCAUGUUAUUUUCCUUUUUGUUAUUGUUAAUUUUUCUUGCUUAUCAUCAUUGUUUUAUAGGAAAAGCUUUGUUUCUUUUCAUGCUAACAUGUAAUUCUUUUUACAGUCAUUCGUUGUAAAGUAAAUAAUCUCAAAUAAUAAAUGCUUUCAUUUUACUGUUGGUAAUGUACAGCACAGAGAAAAGCUGAUCUCGAUUCUUCUUUUAUCAAAGAUAUAUUGAAUUAAAUUUGAUGUACUGGAUUAAUAAGGACAGAGCUCUUUGUUGAACUUUUUGUUGAAUCAAUGCAAGGUGGUUUCUACUAA